UAGGUGAUACGUCAAGACGCGGAGCACGUACCAAGGGGGCGGGGUUCCCGGGGUAGAGCAGGGUCCGCGCGGAGCCUCCCGGGCAGCGGGGAGGGGGAGACCCCCGCGCCCCGCCAACCAUGUUCCGCUACCAGUCCCUUGAGGACUGUCCUUUAGAUGAAGAAGCCUUUCAUAAUUUGGCUGAGGAAGAUGAGGAUAUCGAUCAAUUCAAUGAUGACACAUUUGGAGCUGGUGCAAUUGACGAUGACUGGCAGGAAGCGCACGAAAGAUUGGCUGAGCUGGAAGAAAAGCCUGCAUCCUCAACAGAGCGAGUGGAUCACAGAGUCACUGAUGACAUGGACCUGUUGGGUGAUCAUGAGGAAAACCUGGCAGAGAGGCUUAGCAAAAUGGUGAUUGAUAAUGAAUUGGAAGAUCCAGCCAUUAUGCAGGCUGUGCAGACUCGGCCUCUGAUACAACAGCCAGGUGGCCUCAAUUCAAGCAUCUGGGAUGGGCCCUCAGUUUUGAGGCGCAUUAGAGGACCACUCCUCACUCAGGAAGUGCCCUCCGUAUCUGUGCUGGAAUAUGCCCUACCACAGAGGCCUUCGCAGUCCCGAGAAGAGGAGCAAGAUGUCUCAGAGCGAGCACUACCCAGGCGGUCAUGCUCCCCAGUUAUUGGCAGUCCUCCUGUUAGGGCUGUUCCUAUUGGGACGCCUCCUAAGCAGCCCACCAUGCCCAACUUCAACCAACAGAUCCUAUGUCCAAAGCCUGUCCACAUCAGAGUCCCAAUUCAGCAGCGUUAUCCAAGUCCCUUCAGUGAGAGGAUGUCUCCAAACCAGCUCUGCAGUGUAACGAACAACUCCCUCUUAGGCCAUCCGUUCCCUCCUAAUGUUACUCCUGUUCUUACCCACCUCCAGAGAGCACAGCUACUAGGAGGAGCACAGGCAGGAAGGAUGUCUCCCAGCCAGUUUGCACGGGUCUCUGGUCUUGUUGGCAGCCCCCUUGCACCCAUGAAUCCAAAACUGCUCCAGGGCCGAGUAGGACAGAUGAUGCCUCCAGCCGGUGGCUUUCGUGCCUUUUUUGGGGCAUCAGCUACGCCACCAUCACAACACCACUCCCCAUGUCCUGGAGCUCAUCUGCAGAAUCUACGGCCUCGGCCACAGAUGUUCAGGCCAGAUACAACUCACCUUCAUCCACAACAUCGACGACUCUUACAUCAGAGACAGCAGCAGAACAGGAAUCAACACAGGAAUCUAAAUGGGUCAGCAGGGGACCGAGGGAACCACCGAAAUAACCACCAAGAGCAGAUCAGGAAGGACCCUUAUGCUAAUCUUAUGCUGCAACGGGAGAAAGAUUGGGUAUCCAAGAUCCAAAUGAUGCAACUGCAAAGCACUGAUCCCUAUUUGGAUGACUUCUACUAUCAGAACUAUUUUCAGAAACUAGAAAAAUUGUCUGCAGCUGAGGAGAUGCAUGGCGACGGUCCUAAAAAGGAGCGUACAAAACUAAUCACCCCACAAGUGGCGAAACUAGAGCAUGCCUAUAAACCAGUGCAGUUUGAGGGCUCACUUGGGAAGCUGACCGUAUCCAGUGUGAACAACCCCCGCAAAAUGAUAGAUGCUAUUGUGACUUUAAGAGGAGAGGAAGAUGAAACUAAGGAGAAGCAGGUUCGAGAUAAAAGGCGCCAGACUCUCUUCACUAUUGAAAAAACGUAUAGCCUCCUCUUGGAUGUAGAAGAUUAUGAAAGACGCUACCUUUUGAGCUUGGAGGGGGACAGGUUGGCCUUGAUGGAGGAGAGAAAGCAGAAAAUCUGUGACAUCUAUGACAAUCUGAGGGGAAAGGUGCCCAGUCAAGAAAGACUUAGUGAUGACCCUUUUGUGCAGAUUAUGUGUAUACGCAAAGGAAAACAUCUAGUUGCACGGAUCCUACCUUUCUUGUCCAGUGAACAAGCAGCUGAGAUACUAAUGGCAACAGCAAGAAAUUUGCCCUUUCUAAUCAAGAAAGAUGCUCAAGAUGAGGUGCUUCCCUGCCUCUUGAGGCCCUUUUCCCUUGUUCUUUAUCAUCUUCCAUUGGGAACUGUUACCAGCAUCCUACAACAGCUAAUGAACCUACCUCAUAGUGCAACAGUGACCACAGCUGCCAACCUCCACCUCACAGCAGUUCUCCAGAACAAGUUUGGCCUCUCUCUGCUAUACUUGGUCUUAAGUCGAGGAGAGGAGUUGCAGAGUUCAGAUUCUGUCACAGAACUCACACAAGAUAAUCAGUGGACGGAAGUGAUGAUCAUGGCAAUUAGGGAGUUUCUUCGAAUCCCUCAGGCGGUCUUGGCUAAGCCAGUAUCUACUCCCUCUAAUCUUUUAUCUCUCUUCUCUCGCUAUGUUGAUCAACAAAAGCUGAAUGUGCUAGAGACAAAAUUGCAGUUGAUCCAAGGAAUACGGUAGAAGGCCUCAAGAGUGUGGUCAUGCUGGUGUCCAUCAUUGCUGUCACUCCAGCAUCUUUUAGUGGGCAAAGAGGAGGCAGUGCCUUCUUCAAAUAAAUCCUUACAGGGUUAUGUCUCUGGCCCAGCACAGAAGAUUGCUCUCUUGCCCUGAGCUUGGUUGGGGUGGUGCUUUCCCUUCUGCAUGCCCUUGCUGCAUUGAAUUCUACCCAAGCUCCGCCAUCCUUUUCCUUAGCACUUUUGCAAUGGCUUCUCCUCCCUACACAGACCCCUCUGCCCACUACACUACUGAUGGACAAUUAGAGAAAAAAGACCCUUCCUGUAUCACUGCUAAGAACACAGAGCCAAGGGGUAGUAGUGUCGUUUUAUUGUGGAAGUGGAGAGGCCUGAUGUUUCCGUGCCUCUAAUAACGUUGGAGUGUGUUUUUAGAUGAUGGGAAUUCCUCUUGAUUGCCCCACUGAGUCUAUUUUCUGCUCUUCCUGUGGUAGAUGCCGCAUUGUAGUGCUGCCCAUUCCCUACAAAGUAGUCAUCUUUCUGAACCUUGUGAUGAAGCAACAUCAUCUUUGCACACGUGUCUAGUCUUCCCAAGACUCAUUUUCUACCUAAGCUUGUCUCUGACCUGCACCUUGCUUCAAGCUGGCCAAGAUCUCCCUGUAAACUAACCAAGAAGGUACCAGGAAUGAAUUCCUCUAGAGCAGAUUAAUCUUACUGAAUUUUGGUAUCAUACAUUGCUAAGUCCUGCUGGGUUGUCUUUUAUUUUUUUGGAAUGUGGUGAGGUUUUUUAAUUUUUACUCUGUUUUUAAAAACAAUUUGCACAUGUAGGCAUCCUCUAAGCAGUGAACUCCUGUUACUAACUGGCUGCUUCUCCACAGUAUUCCCCGAUUUGCCUCUUGAAAUCACAUUCUACUGGACAUUUCACCCCUUCCUUGAGCCCUCACCCCCACUGUUACUCCUUCAGUAUACACGAUCAAGUGGUCCAUUAUUAUUGUGCUUUUACUUUUUGGUUUGGUUAUGAUUAAUGAAAAUUUCUAAAUUUACAUUUUUAUAGGGUAUUGUAAAUAAAAAAAUCUAUACUUGU